AUGGCGGGCGACAUCCCCACCACCAUGAAGGCUUGGCUCGUCACCAAAAACGGCCAGCCAAAAGACGCCCUGACCCUCAAGACUGACUAUCCAGUCCCAUCCAAAAUCAAAGCCGGCAACGUUCUCGUCAGGGUUUCAUAUGCGGCUCUCAACCCGGCAGAUCUCAACUUCAUGGGCAAUAUUCCUAACUGGGUCCCCUUCCGUCGUAACCCCAUCCCCGGCCUGGACUUUGUAGGAGAGGUGGUCAAGAUUGGGCCAUCGGUGCCAAGUGAUUCUGGCGUGUCUCUGGGCGCAGAAGUCUGUGGUGCGCUCAAUGUUAUUUCAGUGGCAGUCGGGCGUGGCAGCCUGGCUGAGUACAUCGACGUCCCGGCGAGCAAGGUGGUCGUAAAGCCAAAGGGGGUCGACACGAUAGACGCCCCAGGGGCAUUGGGGAUCGCGGGUCAGACAGCUUACAUUGUCCUUAAAGAGGCUGGCAUAAAGGCUGGUGACCGGGUCCUGGUUAACGGUGCCAGCGGUGGAGUUGGUUCUGUCCUCGUCCAGGUGGCGAAAGCAAAGGGCGCCUUCGUAUAUGGAGUCUGCUCGGCUGCGAAUGCCGAGAUGGUGAAGGGACUUGGUGCUGACGAGGUGAUCGAUUACAAGGCUUAUGAGUCUCUCGUGGCACACCUAACCGACAGCUUCGAAUCCAAUCCUGUGCACCGGAUAUUUGACUGUGUCGGCAGUGAUGAGCUAUUCCAGAGAUCAGCCAAGUACUUGCACAAAGAUGGAAUAUUCAUCACGAUCGUGGGCGGCGUUGGAGCAGGCCCGAUUGUGAGAAGCAAGUUGUUGCCUGUUGCACUCGGGGGAGUGCCUCGAAGAUACAAACUCCUCGCUCUGUGGCCCGAUGGAGCAAUCGCCAAAGAGGUCGCAAAGUGGAUUGAGAAUGGCGAGUACAGCAAGUUCCCGCGGGACUCGGAGUAUUCGAUGAAUGAUGCUGUAAAGGGUUAUGAACGUGUUGCAAGCAAGCGAUCCAGGGGCAAGGUGGUGGUCGCAGUCUCAUGA